AUUAAAUGGAAAUCUGUUUUCUUUUAGGGUAGACUUUUUUAUACCUGGAGUUCCUGUAGUUGGUGGAUUCUCAAUAUGUUCAAGUCCUGGUAUGUUGGAAGAAGAGGGAAUAUUGGAACUUGCAGUAAAACAUACAACACACCCACCUGCUCACUGGAUUCAUAAUCAGUGCACUCUUAAUUCAGAAGUGGCUUUGCGAGUGGGAGGCAACUUCUUUUAUGAUCCUCAGCCUGAAGACAUUCCAGCAAACAUAGUGCUCAUAGCAGGUGGAGUAGGCAUUAAUCCUUUAUUUUCUAUACUGCUUCACAUCGCAGACCUUCACAGAGCUCAAGGAGAUGGUUACAAAAUAGGAACAACCAAACUCUUCUAUUGUGCAAAAAAUGCACAUGAACUUCUGUUCAGGAAGCAGAUUCUUGGUUUGACAAAUGCAUUUCCUGGAAAGAUCACAUGCAGUUUCCAUGUUACCAAGCAGAAUUCACCAAUUUGUGAGAAACUUCAGCCUUACAUCAAGGGAAGACUAUCUGGGAGUGACUUAGAAAAAUGUAUCUCCAAGAAUACUUUGUGGUACAUUUGUGGACCACCUCCAAUGAUAGAAUCCAUCUCCAUGCUGCUUGAAAACCUUGGGGUUGUUCAGGGGAACAUUUUCUUUGAAAAGUGGUGGUAGCACAUCCAGCAGCUCUCCAAGCAAAAUAAAGAUGAAGACAUCAUGCAUGCGUGUAUGCUGAUGAACACUGGAAGUUUACACAAAGUAAACAUUUUUCCAUUUGUGCAAAUAAAAUAAUUCAUUAUAAAAUUAUAUAAUUUAUUUUCAACAUAGCCAAUUUAGAAAAACAAAUAGCAAACAUUAUGACAAAUUUGUAUAUGUGCUGAGUCACAAUUUCUAAUAAUAAAAUAUUUUCUUAAACAUUUUGUUAACUUGAGUACAUAAUACAUAACUAUACAACUAAAUAUUAUGUGAAUAAUAUUUCACUGCACAGGGAUAAGUAAAGGGAUGACUUGACAUCUAAGCCACAGUUUCAUAUGGGAAGGGCAAACUUAACAUACAAGGAUGGUGUUCAUCUACCCAUUUCUAGUCCAUCUUUGUAUCUUGUAUUGAAGGCUUUUUGAAAAGCAAAAGGUGUUGCUUUGAAGUUUCUUGAAUUUGAGGGAAGAGAAUUGGUACAAGGUAAUUAGCAAGCAAAGUUCUGGAUGUACAUUUCAGCCAUUAGAUUGGAUCUGAAAUAAAUUAUGCUUAGGAUAGAACCACUGACAUCAAUGAGGUGAGAUGAGCAGGUCAUGAAUAAAUGAAGUGCUAUUGAUUUCCAGUGGUUUACUCAAAGCAUGAUGAAGUCUGGAUCCAGCUUAUUUCCAUAAUGUUACUACUUCUGUCAUUUCUCAAAGCUAUGGGACUUCAUUGGAAAUAACAUCAUUACAGUGUUGCCUAUUUCUGAGUUAGCAGCAGCAUGCUGGACACAGGAGUCAACCUUGGGGUUACUGCACUUGUAUUCUGCUGCAUCAAGCUUCCAAAAUGCAUCAUCAUAAAUAUAUGAAGGUCCUGUACUUAGACUAAAAUAGUUCUAAAUGGUUUUACUUGGAAGAAAAUCCUAUUGAUUUCAAUGGAAUUGACUUUGAAAUAUGUAGAACUGAGUGUUUGGCUUCUUCCCCCAACUUUCCAUAAACCACUGGGCAUGACUAGUGUAUUUUGAGGCAUUUAGUUCAACAGGAAGGCUGGUCAUUUAAGGACUGCUCUGCUACUCUAUUAGUGGAAAUUAGGAACUGAUUAUGUAAGAGCUCUUAUGCUUACCAGAAGGUGCUAAAUAAUACUGUGGUUAGGUGGUAUAAGGUUUAAACUUAAGCUUAAUUAUGCUGCUUUCCCUCAGCCUGGAAUGCUACAUGUGGAGUUACUUUCCCAUGUUACAGGAGUUACGAGGAAUUUAAGGGAAGCCAAGUACAGAAGAAGAAAAAAUUGUCAGUGGGAUAAGAAUUCUGUUUCGUCCAAUGUGCUGCUAAGUAUUUUCUCUUAUGGAUUGUGUCUCACAAAAUUUGAUAGUGAGUAGCUUAUGUUGUUUUGAAAGGGGGCUAGACAAGGAAUUGAUUGUGUCUAUCUUCCAUACAUUGCGAUGCUUGUAGGGAACAUCCCCUGAAGAGUGCGCUGAUGCUCCCUGCAAAAGAGCAUCACUAUGGUCUCUCUGGGAAACAGGAUAUUUGGAGACUUGUCUGAUUCAGAUGGACACUUAGGUUUAUAUAAUCUGUGAUAACCAUUGAAAAUGUAUGUGGAACUGGUCUCAGCUAAAUCUUGGGAACAAUUUUAUGUAUUUGCUUGCUUGCAAGGUUUAUAGGUUGCUUUAAUCAACUGACUCUAAGUGAUAUGUAACUCCCCAAAUCCAUAACUUGGGUUAAAAACAAAUAGGACAUGAAGGUUAAAACUAAAACCAAACAUUGUAAAACAACCACAUAGAAGCCACGAAUCAACAUUCAUGUCACAAAAACUGAUUCAUUGUAAAGAUGCUCGCAGCAAUCCUGUCUCAUUUAUUUGAAAGACUUCAGUCCUGCUCAGGUGAUUGCUGAAAUGCACGAGGGCUUUCACAUGAUGCCCUCGUUGCUUGGUGGCCCUGCCUAAUAAAGAAAGACACAUACUGGAUUCUCUCAGAUUGUGUUACGCAUGUGUGUAUGCAUAUGUCUUUAAUAUACAAAAAUAAAAAAGCUC